AGAUUGCAUGGCGCCGAUUAAUUCCAUAUUUUUUGAUUCUCCAGUGAAAUCUAUGCAUGGAGGAGCUGUUGAAAGCUUUUGCUUGCAUCCGCAAUUUCCGUUACUCGCUGUGUCACUUGUGGCUGAUGCCGAUGCCUGUGGAAUCGUUUCCAUAUAUGACCAAAGUGGAUAUCCUCUACCGGGAUCGGAUGUGAAGGUCAGUGAAACAACGUGCAAUACUUUAGACUGGCAUCCCAGUAAACGUUUUCUGGCAAUUGGAUGGCAAAAUGGGUAUUUGUCCGUUCGAAGUGAAGAUCAGACAUCAGCGACUCAUACUGUUGAGAAACAGCACUUGACUGCAAUCACAGCUAUUGCUUGGGCGGAAACCGCACCAGGCGCUUCAAUAUGCAGACUGAUUACAGGCGACAAGAAUGGACAGGUGAUGAUAUGGAAAUACGACUUGCGGUCGAGGUCUGGACCUACAAUAAUGAGUCAUAGCAAUGUCAAAGAUUUUGGAGCCAUCAACUGUUGUAUUCUGAGAACCCUUCAACAACAACAGCCAAUGAACGACAUGGCAACUCUGGCUCGAGCAGCAGCCGAGGGAGAUGAGCGCGCACUGGAAAUGCUGGUAUCCGGUCGAGUCAAGAAUCAAAAGGGAAGCAACGCUGCAGACGCUAUCAGCUGUUACAUGGGCAGUGAAAAUGGACAUCUAUUUCACGUGGACGAAAAAGGCAACUACGUAGUCUUGUUCGAUUCGAGUCAUUACGGUGCAGGAGCAGUUAGACGUCUGCUCAUUGGUCCGAACCAUCACGUGCUUGUCGCAGUUACGUCUUCGAUGACCAUCUACGCAUUCGGAAUUGAGGGUCACAAUUCACUCAAAGAACUUGGUUCGGUGCGUCUUCCAGGAAUAAAGAUCGAGGCCAACGUGAUCUGGGCAGGAGACUCGGCAGUAGCCAUCCCCACUGGCCAGAAUGUGAUCCGGAUGUUCUCCACCUCCACAUUUGACAACUACACCCUGGAACUGCCCCAGCAGACGCCAGAAGAGACCAGGAACCCAACGGGAUCAAUCUUUGAUGCCACCAGCGACGGAAGGGCGGAGAGAGACAUGUUUGCGGCGGGGACUGCGGCUGGAGGAAAAGCAAGUCUUAAUGAUGAAGUGUUGUCUGUGUCCUAUUCCAGUUUCACAAAUUUGUUGGUGGCAGGGAGCAAAAAUGGCAAACUGUACUUCUGGAGAUACCAACCGAGCUCAGUCCACUCGAGCGGGACAGACAACGACGACCUACAACUGGACUGGAAGUUGGAAAAGACAGUCCAAGUACAAUCUUCUUCUUCCUCCUCCCCCUCUUCUAUGGGGGAGGGGGAUGCAGGGAGAGCUACUAAUGUUAAGAGUGUAGAGUUGUGUAAAGGGCAUUCGUAUCUGGCAGUGCAGGCUUCCUCGGGGGUGACGAUUUACGAACAAGCCGAAUCGGCCACUGCGUACCACAGCGAGUUGAGCUGUGUGCAGCUUGGCGCUAAGGAGCUAUCUGUGAAGACAUUUAAAGUGGACAUGGCAGAACAGAGGGUUUUGACUCAGCAGCAGAUCAGAGGAGUCGCCGUCUCAAAGCCCAGCGAGAACGACGAUUAUUUUUCUCAAGCAAUUGUGGUGUGGGACGGGGAACAAGCGAGCGUGUACGAGUUGAAUCUGGACUCGAAGUCAGGGAUUAACGAUGAGGCCACCAACCACUUCCCCUGCACCUCCUCACAACUGGCAGUGUACGAACAGUCCAUAUUCAGUCUGGAACCCACCAAGCUACAAGUGCGCAAUCUACAGGGAGUAGUGAAGCAACUGCUGACCCUGCCGACCAGUUCUGGCUCUGAGAAGAGUGUGGUAGUCACUAGCUUGGACAUCAACGGCACCACUCUUGUACUGUCCACUCUCCAUUGCUCCCUGAUCCUGUUCAACCUGUCGAAGAGAGAGGCCAAGAUGGACAGACCCCAGAAAAACAUGAAGCAGCUCAUACCCAAACUCACCUUGAUCAAGAGCUGCAAAGUUAACUCAAACGGAAAACUCGUCUCUCUCCUUACUGAAGAGGAUUUGACUCAAGGUGGAAAUGUGGGCGAGGCCAGCUCUCGUUUGUACUUGUGGGACACGGAAAGUGACAGUGUGGUGUUCCACGACUUCUCAACCGAGCGAGUGGCGUCGGCUUCUAGGCCGUUCGGCUUAGAGCCCUCUUCAGCCCAACAAAUAGAUGAUGAUGACAUACUUUCACAAGACUCAAAUGAUGCGCUCCUUUCGUCCAAUCACGACGUCAAGCGAGAAUUGAGUGGUUCUGGUGCAUCCUCUAAGGGCCUGGGAGGACGAAUACCGGUCUCCCACUUCUGGAGUUCAGAGGACCCGAGGCUGCUGACGUGCGAGGCGAUGAAAGUGGAGCCCAAAGGAAUGUCCACUUCGGAGCAGUUGGGUCUCAGCACAGCCAGCAACUUGGAGUCUAGUAAUAACCACAGCAACACUUCGUCCUUUUCUCCUGUGGUGGUUGCAAUGUUCUUCGUAGACAUCCCCACAGCCCCCCUCCUCAUGCUCAAGGAUUCCUUCCCCCUACCCUCCAACUGCUCCAAGUUGAUCGGCUUUGAUGUGCCAUUUCACUACUGUUUAGCCAAGAAGGGAACUGGCAGCAGUAGCCGGAGCUCUGGAUCUACAAGCAGCGUGGUGCGGGUGCCAAUGCGUGACUUUGCUGGAUUCAGCGACUGCGAUAACACUACCAAAAAGGCCAUGGUCGAUUUCAGCUUCCACAUUGCAUAUGGCAACAUGGACGAGGCAUUCCGCGCCAUCAAACUCAUCAAAAAUGAGUCUGUGUGGGAGAACAUGUGUCGCAUGUGUGUGAAGAACCAGAACCUCUCUGUUGCCAAGAUGUGCCUGGGCAACAUGCGCAACCUCAAGGCCACCCACGCACUGCGCAAGGCACAGCAGAUGGAGCUGGAAGUGCCUGCUCAGACAGCCAUGCUCGCAAUCUCUCUAGGCAUGCGGGACGAGGCGGAGAAACUGUUAAAGUCGUGUGGCCGAUAUGACCUCCUGAACGAGAUACACCAGUCACAGUGCGAGUGGGGACGCGCCAUCUCAGUGGCGGAGAGUAAUGACAGGAUUCAUUUGACCACCACACAAUACAACUAUGCCAGAUAUUUGGAGACCCAGGCAGCCUCUACUGUGGAUGACAGUGGAGCAGACAUUAACGAGGACGGAGCUGAUCAUUUGCACUCUCCAAAUGUGCAGAGAGCCAUCCAACUAUACGAGAAGGCCAACACUCACCACUUUGAUGUGCCGCGGAUGCUCUCCCAAAACUACUCCAAACUGCUCGCUUAUAUUAAUGACAAAAAUGAACCUGGCCUGUUCAAAUGGUGGGCCCAGUUCUGUGAGUCUACGGGGAGCAUCGAACUGGCACUGGAGUACUACGAGAAGGCCAAUGACAUCCUGUCUAUGGUCAGAGUGCUGUGCUACCUGCAGAAGUAUGAACAGGCAAUGCAGCUGUGCAAUCGAGAAGGCAGUCUGGACGAAGAGGAGGACGCCCUGGGAGCAAGUAUGAAUGGGGGUCACUCCUCCUCCCCCUUCUCACCCUAUUCCAGUUCUGCUAAGGAGGUGUCUCUGGCCAGUGCCACCAAAGCAGCCUGUUACUACCUCGCCCAGCAGUUCGAGACACAAUUCCAAGCAGAGCAAAACCCGAAGACGUUCCAACAAGCAAUAACUUACUUCAUGAGAGCCGAGGCUUACACGAGUGGAUGUAGACUGUGCAAAGAGGCGGGAGACUUUGACCAGCUCAAAAAUGUGGCUUCGCUCGGGUCCAUGACUGAUAAAUUGGACGCAGCCAAGUUCCUGGAAGCGCAGGACUCACAGGAUUGCCGAGACAAGGCUCUCCAGCUGUACUCUAUGGCCGGGCAGGGAAUGAAAGUGGCCGAGUUGACGAGAGGCGAACAGAAAGCAGCAGUGAUGGACUCAAUUGUGGCCCAUUUGGACGAAAGUUCGAGCAGCCCUGAGCAGUUGAAAGAGUUCGCCAAGUUCUUCAGAGACACGGGGCUGUACGAGAAGGCGAUCAACUUGUAUAUUCAAGCCAAAGAUUACGAUGCCGCUCUUACGCUGCUGGAGGAAGCUGCUUCGGUGGACAUCACAGAAGAAAUGGCAGAGAAACUGUGUCCGGACAAGAGUGACAAGUCCAUCGAUAGCCGGCAGAGGAGUCAGCUGCUGACCAGACUUGCAUACAUCUGCCAGUCUCAGCAGAAGUAUACCCUGGCUUACAAGAAGUUCCAACAGGCUGGAGAUAUCCAACAAGGCUUCAAAGCGCUGCUCAAGUCUGGCGAUGUGGAGCUGAUCUUCAAGACUGCCAAGGUGUCCCGCAAGCCGGAGUUGAUGGUGGAUGCGGCCAACUACUUCAAGACUCUGCAGUGGGUCCAGGCAGAAGACGUAGUCAUGAAGAUCAUAGAGCUGUACCAGAAGGCCAAAGCCAAUGAACUCCUCGCCCUAUUCUACAUAUCCUGUGCUGAACUGGAAAUGGACCAGUUUCAAGCGUAUGAGAAGGCGGUGGAUGCGUUGAAUGAAGCGGAAAAGGAGCUGAGCAAAGCACUGGUCAACCACAAGGACCCCAUGCGAAUAGAGAGUGCCCUGGCCCAGAUCAGGCACAGGGUCACCCUCAUCAAUACAUUCUUACAGAACGACGUCACCACUACGGACAAGGAGCAGGUGGCACGUGUGAAUGGGGCACUGAGGGCCAUCCUGGAAGACUCCAGUUUCCAGAGAUUCCCUCGAGAAAGAGACAUAUUCACACGCAUGCUGGCAAACUUCCUCGCCACUGAACAGAACGAAAAAGCUUUCAGUUGUCUGGAGACUCUGCAUGGGUUGGAUGAAGGUGUGCGUGCACUGCGCAGACUGUUCCCGGGAGGCAGUGAGGCCGGACCCAAGGACGAGGCGGCCAUGGGCAAAGUGAAUCUACUGGUGGAGAAAGUGUGUGAACGAGUGGACAGGCCCGAAUUGGCAGUCAAGUUUAAAAUCGGAGUGAACUAUGGCGUGAACAAGGGUGGCAAUGGGAUAAAUGAGGACAGCUAUGAGGACAGUGGAGGGGAGGAUGAGAUAGAACGGGACUUGGACGAGGACCUGGAUGACUAGCAACGGUAGUAGCAGAAGACGACAUCAAUAACAACAUCCAUGAGGAGGACAGAAAGAUAAUGAAAGCUACAGCAAUCUAGACGUAAACUUAGUUAGAUAAAGGGAAGAAAAGGGGAAACAUAAUUGAACUGAACUCAUUUUGACUCUCGAUAUUGGAUUGAAUUCCAGCAGCUGACAAAUGAUGCGAUAAAAUAUUUUUUAAUAGAACCUUGAUGUUACAAACUUCAGGGUUUUAAAUUUCGAUUUGCCUAAUUGAAUCAGAUGAUGUAAAAUAAGUAAAAAUGUACAAACAGUUGAAGUUCAGAUGAUAAAUCGCUUAACUUCUGAAUGUGCUAUUUAACGGCUUAUUAAAUUGAUUCUCGGUAGAGCUGUAAAUAUUGUGUAUCAUUAUGAUCUAUGUAUAUUUCAUGUAAAUUAUGUAACUUUUAGAAUUGAAAAGAUAAGUGUAAGUGGUUUAGCACUUACUUA